AUGGCUACAUUCUCUUUAAAAUCAUUAUCAAUACUAGAAACUAAAGUAAAAGAUUUUUCGAUAGAUAUUCCACUGAUUUUUUGUACAAAAAUAGGUGAAGGGACAUCUGCAUCUAUUUUUAAAUAUGAGCUAAAAGGUGAUCCGGUGGCUGUAAAAAUCUUUAAAUAUUCUUUAUCCAAGCAAAGAACACUGCAGGUUGCAGAUAAAUUACGCAAACUAGUCUGCCCUCACCUCGUAGUGUUUAGAGGAUACUCAUUGCGACCAUCAGCAUUUAUAUUUGACUUCUGCGGAGUAAAUGUUGGAGAUGAAUGUUUACCUUUAAAAACUUUACAUGAUUUUGGAAUUGUACACAGAGACUUUAAACCAUCUAAUCUUUUGGUCACUGGAACUUUAAGCAAAUUAUGCGUCAAAUUAACUGAUUUUGAUGACCUAUCCUUAAUACAAGAAACUGUUAAUGCCACCCUAACAAACAAAGUCUUUUUGUUUGGAAUGACUUUAGCUUAUACAGCACCUGAAAUCUGCAAACAGGAAGUUAAAUCUCCAUCCUUUAAGUCAGACAUUUAUUCGUGGUCAAUGUCAGCUUACGAAGUUCUUUCUGGAUAUGAAAGCCCUUGGGUAAAUAUAAUACCUAUACUAAAUGAUUCUCUCCUAAUAGAAGCUUUGAGUCAAGAUAAACGACCGAAUAUAAAUGACUUAAACCAGUUUUACACAUUUAAUAAUGAAACUUGGAUUUUUAAAAUGAUUUGCAAUGCGUGGGACACAAAUCCAGAUGUUAGAAAAGAUAUUGAUAAGAUUUUAAAAACCCUAAACAAAGAUAGAAGCAAGCAAACAAUAAAACCAAAACAAGACGCAAAAAUCUAUCCACUCAACGAACGUAGGCAGGAAUUCGAAGCCCAACUUGAUUCAAAACUAAAAAAAGGAAGUUUUAUUUCAAAAUAA